AUUCCCACUCCCACCUCCCUACCGAUCGGUAUACCCUGCACCUCUUUUUUUUUCCCCUGCGGCCACCAUAGACAUUUGGUACGGAGAACGCAGUAGUGGAUGGCAGUAUCCGUACGGGUAGUCACCAAAUCUAUCGGCGCCUCAGACUAAUACUUCUACCUCAGGCCCCCUCCCCGUCAUCAUCUUGCUUCCCUCCUUCUUCUUGCUUUUCAAUACCCAAUACAAUAACCCUUCUUUAAUCAGAUCGCGCGUUUAUUUGGCGGCUACAGUGCUGUCAAAUGAACCUGCAACGGACUCUUCAUAUUUCCCUAUGUAAGUUGUCACCACUCAAUGACCCCCGGCGACUGUCUGAGUCGCCCGUACCGUUAUCCCCGUUCGCCCGGCGUUUUUUUUAUUUGGCUGUGGCGAAACAACCAACAACCCCAAAUGCGCAGCUUCCUCCAAGAAACGGAGGAGGAAAAAAAACAUGUGUCAUCUGAACACGCGGAAAGCACAGCGCAAAUCUUGCCGAUCACCGUUUAUGCAGCAACAACUCCAAGGGAAACCACAAGUUGACUGACGAUCCUGCCAUACAGAAUUCCCCCCUCCGCCGCGUCUUCUAAAUGCCCACCAUCUACUCCUCCCUCUACCAGAACUUCAUCCGUCAAGGAUUCGCAAAGUCAUUCACCCACGGUUACGCCCAGUCCGUCGUAGCUGCCACACAUCCCAUCCUCAACACACAAAACCGACCUUCAUUUGCGCGCCGAAACACCAACCGCUUUGGUCGUCUUCAGUCUCUCCAGCUUCAGUCCGCCUUCCACACCGCUGAGCGGACGAGUGCUGGCCUCCCCCAGCAUCACCACGAGAAGCUCGACGAGAAGCUUAAGCAUGGAAGCUUAGACGCCUACUUCGAGGCGCUGCAAGAGCAGCAGGCCUCCGAUGAAGACCUCGACAAGGAAUGGACCCAGUUCCAGUUCCAGCGCCAGAUUGAGUGGAAGCCUUCGCCAGCUUCCAUUCUUGUCGGCGAGUCAAAGGCCCACGAUGCCGAAGAGCUCGCCGCCGCUCAAGAUGGAGAAGCGUCGCCAAUCCCAUUAGAGGCACAGGCCGCCCUGGCGCAGAUUGACGCAGCACUCGAGAAAGAAAUCGAAUUCAGGAAUCGCAUGGAAGCUUUGGAAGAGGCUUCUGAGCACUCCAUUCGAUCUGCGUCCCACAAUGGCUCCGCCGCUCGCUCAUACCAGUCCCCAGCAAUCGACAGAUCGCGGACUCCCGUCAGCGUAGCCCGAACUGCCACUCCUCCUUUCGACCCUCAAUCUCAGGUGUACGCCGACCACCUUCACAAGCUCUCUGAGGAUGGCCGCUACGCUGAGAUUCCGGCCGUGUUCGAGGCUAUGCUCGUCGCCGGCGUGCAGCCUAUCGCGAGCGCCUACAACGCUCUGUUGGUUGCCGCCAUUCACUUGCCCACCGCCAAGAACGAGAUGGUUACUAAGGCUCUGGAUGUCUACGCCGACAUGCUCCGCCGCAAGAUUGUGCCGGACAGCGAUACCUACAACAUUCUUGUUGGUCUUCUUGCCGCCCGAUCCCUCGAGGUUGCCUCUCUGAAGAAGACUCUUCACGAUAAGUUGGUGCGUUUCGGUGGCAUGGAUGAGCCCGGCAAGUUCAUGUUCGCUUCUCACGAGCUCGAGCAUGCCAUUCUUUCCGAGGAUGACAGGCUCGAUCUUGCCAUGGACAUGUUUGAGAAGUCUGUCCUCACCCAGAGGGCGUCCUACUCUGCUGAGUCAUACCACCAGCUCAUCUCUGCUUGUGCUCAAGCUGGGCGUGUUACCGACAUGCUCCGCCUGUACGAGCACAUGGAGUUGAACCGCGUCACCCCCUUCGCCGCCAUGUUCCCCAGCAUGAUCACCGCCUUCGCGACUUCCGGCGACCUGGUCAGCGCGGUCGAGUGCUACAACGAGUACAAGGACCUUGCAGUUGCUAACGACCACGGCGAGCCUACCCUUAACGACAGGUUGGACGCCGAAGUGUACGCUUCUGUCAUCCACGCCUACAUCAUCUCCGACAAGGUUGACGGCGCGAUGAAGUUCUACGAGAAGAUUAUCAAGGAAUAUGGUGUCCGCGCCGGCGAUAUCAAGGAUGCGAUUGUCAGCUCUGGCAUGGUCAAGGCUUUCACUGACCGCGGCAUUUUCAACGAGGCCCUUCGCUGGGCCCAGGUUGUCGAGGCUGAGGUCAGAGCGGACCCUAUGGGCAGCCUUGCCACUCGCGCUGCGGAUCACGGCGACAAGCACACCGCCGUCGCUGCUUUCGCCAACCUGCCUAUCAACUUCCCCCAGAUUGCCACCCCUGCCAUGGCACUUCUUGCUUUGAGCGUUCGUCAGGGCGAUGUUGCUUCCGCAGCUCGCUACUGGCACGUUCUCUGUGCUCCUGAGACCCCGGUUACCCCGGCGCUCAUCGAACCCACUGCAAUGUACGCUAUUGCGAUGAUUGGAUCUGGCCAAGUUGCUGAGGGUCUGGCCGAAUCCGAGCUCAUGUUCCAGCGCAUUCGUGCUGCCAACCCUGAGUCUGCUGACGAGAUUGAGGAGGGUGUUGACUUUGUUCACCAGUUCAUGAGCAGCCGUGGCAUCACCGAUCCUCGCGAGCUGUCUUCUCAGAACCUCUCCGCCUCUCCCUUCACCACAUCGGCCACUGUCUCGAGCUUUGAGGAUUCUUUUGACCCGUACGCGCACAACACCGACUUCAAGGGCUCUUCGUUGAUCUCUGAUGAGCUCGAGGGCUCUCACGGCCGCAAGGGCCCCAGACUUCACGAUGCUCUUGGUCGCUUCCGCAACAUGCGCCGUGCUGGCCGUCACCCUCGCUACAUCACCUACGCCAAGCUGAUCUCUGCUGCUUCCCGCGAGGGCAAGAUGGAGCUUUGCAACGACAUUCUCGCCAUGGCCCGCACUGAUGUUCCCCUGCUGCCCCAGUACGCUGUUGUCCGUUACGGCUGGUCCAGCAUCCUGGAUGCUAUGGUUGGCGCCUGUCUCACCAUUGGUCACCGCCAGAUGGCUGAACAGUACCAUCAGGAGCUGCUUGCCAUGGGUGCUGCCCCCUCCGCCAAUACCUUCGGUCUGUAUAUCACCACCCUCAAGGAGUCCGCCAAGACCUUUGACGAGGCUUCCGAGGCUGUCAAGAUCUUCCACCGUGCCAAGGCUGAGGGCGUUGAGCCCAGCUCUUUUCUUUACAACGCCCUGAUCGGCAAGUUGGGCAAGGCUCGUCGCAUCGACGACUGCCUGUUCUACUUCGCCGAGAUGCGCGCUCUGGGAAUCAAGCCUACCUCGGUCACCUACGGUACCAUUGUUAACGCUCUCUGCCGCGUUAGCGACGAGAAGUUUGCGGAAGAGUUGUUCGAUGAGAUGGAGGCGAUGCCCAACUACAAGGCCCGCCCUGCUCCCUACAACAGCAUGAUGCAGUUCUUCCUGACCACCAAGCGUGACAAGGCGAAGGUUCUUGCCUACUACGAUCGCAUGAUGGCCAAGGGAAUCGCCCCCACUGCUCACACCUACAAGCUUCUUGUUGACACCCACGCCACCCUCGAGCCUGUUGACAUGGCUGCUGCCGAGAAGGUUCUUGAAGCCAUCCGCACUUCCGGUCAGAAGCCCGAGGCUGUCCACUUCGCUGCUCUCAUCCACGCCCGCGGCUGCAACCUCCACGACAUGGAGGGCGCCCGCAAGGUCUUCGACUCUGUCAUGGCUGACCGGGCUGUCACGGCCAACGCCAGCCUCUUCCAAGCCUUGUUUGAGGCAAUGGUGGCAAACCACAAGGUUGUCGACACUGAGGCCAUCCUUGGUCAGAUGCGCCGACGAGGCGUUGAGAUGACUCCUUACAUCGCCAACACGCUGAUCCACGGCUGGGCCGCUGAGAAGCAGAUCGAGAAAGCCCAAGCCAUCUAUGACUCUGUCGGCCACGAGAAGCGUGAGCCCAGCACAUACGAGGCUAUGACUCGUGCUUACCUCGCCGUCGAGGAGCGCGAGAAGGCCAAGGGUGUUGUCGGAGAGAUGCUCUGCCGCGGCUACCCAAGUGCUGUUGUCAACAAGGUUCUGGAGCUUCUUGGCGGUGGCGGCGGUGAGGAAGCUGUUGCACACAACUGAGCUCAUCCCUACACCUGUCUUGCUUACCUUGUUCGUCAAACCAUCGAAUCACGCAUUGAGCAGCUGCUCUGCGUGUUCCCUUGAUGAACACAUUUCCUUUGUAACUGCCCUCAUCUACCGCGUUGCUUGAUACCCCGUUGUGUUUUGAAGUAGGUGGACUGAGGGUGCCUGGCCAGGAUCGGCGGCCAGUCUGGUUUACGGCAGUGCGCCGAAAGCAUUUCAUAUCGUCACAUGGUUUUGGAAUUUGGAGUUUGAACCGGAAGUCGAAUUUAUACCCCCAUAAUCGGGAUACUGGGUCGGUACGGCGUUUGUCGGAAGCAAAAGGGUCACGGCGACUGAGCACCCGUUCCGGGGCUUUGUAUCGGAAAGCGAGCGAUGACGGCCAACGGCCCAAACUAUAGACACAACCCCACUCAAGCAUAGUAUAAAAAAGAGGGCGCCGGAUAGAAGCGCAACGCAGCAUAGAGGAUCAUGAAUGGACGGAAAGGGUACUGGGGGUCGGUUUACGACGACAUGUCAUGAGGGCAUGUGAUCCUGCUGUAUGUAUAUUACCGGCAGCAUCCAACAAAAUAAGAUUUGUCGACUGUUC